GACCUGCUACGGGUACAUGGACCCGGCCGCAACGUUGAUGUUAAAACGAAAUUGAUCAGUUUAUGAGCAAAAGAUGUCAUUCCCACCUCAUCUGAACCAGAUACCCCAGUUACCCCCUGGCAUUUCCCCGACACAGUUUGCAGGGUUUCCUACUACAGCGAGUCCAAUGAUACCAGUGCCUAUGGGAAUGAUGCCUCCCUCCCCUGCGGUUUUUGUACAGACUUCAGUGCCAGUGGUUCAGAAACUGACAGGGCAGUUUAAGAAGGUUUUACCCACUCGUACCACGGACACAGAGGAUGGUACCGGACCGACCACCACAGUGUUUGUGGGGAAUAUCUCAGAAAAGGCCUCUGAUAUGCUUGUUCGACAGUUACUGGCGAAAUGUGGUUUGGUCCUCAGUUGGAAAAGAGUCCAGGGGGCUUCUGGAAAGCUGCAAGCAUUUGGUUUCUGUGAGUACAAAGAGCCAGAGUCCACGCUAAGAGCCCUCCGACUGCUUCAUGAGAUGCAAGUGGGUGAUAAGAAGCUACUUGUAAAGGUGGAUGCAAAGACCAAAGCUCAGCUAGACACCUGGAAGGCUAGUCAGAAGAAAACAAAUGGAGCCCCUCAAACUGCUGACGAGGCUCAGGAGGAAGAGGAGGUUCUGGAUGAAGAGACAAAACGGCGAGAUCAGAUAGUUAAGGUUACUAUAGACGGCCUGAUCAGGGAAUACUCCGGUGAGCUCACUGCUUCCUCACAGGAUGCUGAAGGCCAUCAACGCAAGAAACGUAAAGAUAAGAAGGAGGAUGAUAUAAAUGCAAUGGGGUUGGAAGAGGACAAGCGAGACCUGAUUUCCAGGGAGAUUAGCAAAUUCAGAGACACACAAAAGAAACUAGAGGAGGAGAAGGAGAAAGAACGACUGCAGACCGAGAAAGAGAGGAAAGAACGAGACAAAGAGAGAGAACGAGAGAAAGAAAGGCGCGAUCGGGAUAGAGAGGAACGUGAGAAAGAGAGGCAGAAGGAAAGAGAGAAGGAGAGAGACAGAGAGCGAGACCGUGAGAGAACGAAGGAGAAAGAGAGAGAGAGAAGUCGUGAUCACAGUAAAGACAGAAGCAGAUCAAGGGAGAGAAGUCGAGAAGAGAAGAAAAAAGAGCGAGAAGAGGAUGAGGAGGAAGCAUACGAACGCCGCAAGCUGGAGAGAAAGCUACGUGAUAAAGAAGCAGCCUAUCAGGAGUGCUUAAAGAACUGGGAGAUCAGAGAGAGAAAAAAAUCAAGAGAUUACAGUAAAGAAGCGGAGAGAGAAGAGGACAAACACAGAGAGAUGACAAAAGAAGCCAAGCGUCUGAAAGAAUUCCUGGAGGAUUAUGAUGAUGACCGAGAUGAUCCAAAAUACUACAGGGGUAGUGCAUUACAGAAGCGGUUAAGGGACCGAGAGAAAGAGGUGGAAUUUGAUGAGAGAGACAGAAAGAGAGAAAAAGAUGAGCUGGAGGAGAUCAGGCAGAGACUUCUAGCAGAGGGGCAUCCAGACCCUGAUGCUGAACUUCAGAGGUGUUUUCUUGCUUUAAAGAUAGAGCAGGAGGCAUUGAGGGAACGUCAGCAUUCUCUAAAGCAGGAACAGAAUGAGAAGGUACUGCAGGUCUCCUGUGAGGAGCAUCAAAGAAAAGUAGAUGCAGAACCAGAUGCGUGCUCCUCUGAUAAUAACAUCACAGACCGAGAGGAAGAUGAGGAUGACGAUGAUGACAAAGAAGCAAAGCCAUGCUUGAAGCCCACACUCAGACCUGUUACCACGGCAACCUCCAUCUCUUCUGCUAGUGGCAAUGCCACACCCCUCUCACCUGGCAGCGAAUCGCCCAGGGCUAUCAUUCCUUUACAUGAGAACUCUUUGCCUGUGGCGCCACCCACAGAGGAGCACAGGCCUAAAAUAGGCCUUAGUCUCAAACUGGGUGCUGUAGGUAGUCCUAAAAUGCCACAGACAGCAAGACGGAAAGCUCUUGCAGUGGACAGUGUCUUUAAUAAGUUCGAUGAUGACGAGGAGGUGGAGGAGGCACCAAAAAAGAGAAAGCUGGUACCCUUGGAUUACAGUGAGGAUGAAAGGGGAGGCCUGGGCCUAGAUGGGACGGAGGUCACGGGGUCACGGCCUGGCGUUAACACAGAAGAGAAACGAAAACAUGUCAGGAGCCUGAUUGAAAAAAUCCCCACAGUCAAACAAGAGCUGUUUAACUAUCCACUGGAUUGGACCAUGGUGGACAUGACUUUAAUGGACAGAAGGAUCCGUCCAUGGAUCAAUAAAAAAAUCAUAGAGUACAUUGGAGAGGAAGAAGCCACGCUUGUUGACUUUGUGUGUUCGAAGGUCAUGGCUCACAGCACACCAGAGGGCAUUCUGGAUGAUGUUGCCAUGGUAUUGGAUGAGGAGGCAGAAGUGUUUAUAGUGAAAAUGUGGCGACUUCUCAUCUAUGAAACCGAGGCCAAGAAAAGCGGCCUGGUGAAAUAACACAGAGAUCUGCUGAACUGAGAGUGUUUGAAAGAAGCAGGAGAGUUUCAAGUGACCUGACUGCUCUCUCUCCUGCUUGAAUGCCUUUAAAUUAAAGUACGGUGGAUGAACACCACAGUUAUACAGACUGCUGCACUUCCGCUCUUCCUAUUCUCUUGUGUGUGUGUGUGUGUGUGUGUGUGUGUGCGUGUGGGAGGAACUGGUUUGCGUGUGUCUGCAUGUGUUGUCCGACAGCAUUGCCAAAAUUGUAAAAGUUAAAGCCUGCUUUUAUGUUUAAAUGGGCUGUUUAUUUUGGCUGGCUCUUUUCCAUUUGAUUCGCUUGAAUAGGAAGUUUUAAGUUUAAUUAAGAUUUUAUUGAAUUCUCUUUGUGUUACAAAGUUUAAUCUGGACUCUUGGCUUCUUAUUUGGUUUAAUUAAUGAACAGAAUCAGAUGACAUUCUCGAGGGUUGCAUUUUUGAGAAAUACUGUUUAAAUGAGGAUGAAACACUUCUUAGCCCCUAUAAACAGGCCGAAUGAAGCCAUACAUACAUAUGGGAAUCUUUUGAAUGCAGUGUAUUUUGCACAUACCAGACAAGUUGCAGAUCUGUUUCCAUUGUGAUUGUUUUAACUUUAAAUAUUAAAAUGUUCGAUUUUUCUAAA